AUACUUGACAUUCUAGCAUAAAUAAAUGCAUGGUCGUAAGCCGAUUUCCUGACUAGCCCCACCUAUGACUAAUUCGUAGUAAUAUAGCAUUGAGGCUUGAGUAUUGAGUUAGUGUAUUGCGAACACAUGCAUGCAUCCUCAUUUUAUUGAUUGUGCAUAUUGUAUUUACAACGACAGCAAGGAAUGGUAUGUUAGUGAACAUAUUGAAUGACCUACUUUCGUGAGAAGUGUAAAUUGUUGUAAAUACGUUUUUCACACUUGACGAGACACGUUUUGGAGAGCAGCCAUUUUGUUGACUUGUGCACCUAUAGAGCGGAAGCGUGAUACACUGCCCUCAACGGAUUAUUCCUGUUCGAGGAUACCGGUACACACUGUUUAAUAUUAUAUAUAUUAUCUUCGAACAAGAGAAGUGAUCAUUUGACUAUCAAACCAUCAUGGGCGACAGGGAAGAAUGUAUCGCGAACGCCAAACUAGCGGAGCAGGUUGAACGCUUCGACGACAUGGUUGAAAAAAUGAAGGUAGUUGCAACCGGUAGUGACCCUUUGAAUGAAGAGGAACGGAAUCUACUAUCAGUCGCGUACAAAAAUGUCGUUGGCACGCGAAGAUCCUCCUGGCGUGUUAUAUCAUCGUUGGAACAAAAGGCUAAGGAGAAGGGCGAGUCUGAGAAGAAACUACAACUGUGUGCGGAAUACAAACAGAACAUAGAGAAAGAAUUGAAUGAUCUUUGUGAUGAAGUUAUUAGCCUAUUGGAUAACCAUUUACUGCCCAAAGUGGGAGAUUCUGUAGAGCCCAAGAUAUUUUAUCUAAAAAUGAAAGGCGAUUACUUCCGGUACAAAGUUGAAAUUGCCACCGGGAAAGAGAGCGAGACAGCUUUGGCUACCAAGUCCGAGGAAGCAUACAAAUUGGCAUACGAUAUUGCUAAAGAAAGUCUGAACCCCACUAACCCCAUUAGGCUAGGUUUGGCGCUUAACUUUUCAGUCUACUACUACGAAAUUAAGAAAGAAUCUAGCACUGCAUGCGAAUUAGCCAAAAAUGCAUUCGACGAGGCCAUUGCCCAGCUUGACGCGGGAAAAGAAGACGACUACAAAGAUAGUACGUUAAUUUUACAACUUCUACGAGACAACCUAACACUCUGGUCGUCAGAACUGGAACAAGAGGCAGAAGACGCGGGCCCAGACGACGACCAAUAAUCUGUCGUCUGCUAUAUAUUGACUUAUCAGACAUACCGUAGAAUCUCGGUUCCACUUCUCUCCUUUUUUUUUUAAAUUUUGAAGAAAUAAAAUGCGGCUGCAUCAGUAUACCUGAAGAGACGGUGGGGUAUAAAGUAGAAAGAUGUGACUUAUACUAAUACUUGUAUCAUUCCCAUGGAUUCUGUUUUGGAAAGACGGUGGUGUAAACAGAGACACUCUGUAACAUGACAUUUUUGUUGGUGUUUUGUAAUAGAUGUAACAGUUGAUUGUUCACCUUGGGCUAAUGUUGCCAUUAAGAGCAAAAUAAUAAGAGAAAAGUAACUCACUAAAUUCAAUAUAUAUUAAGCUAGAUACACAUAUUUAUAUAUGUACGGAAUUAAAAGUCGGCUUAAAAUGCU